AUGGAAUUCAGAAACUCAAUUUUCCGACUUGCAGAAGGCGACACGGAGUUCUUAAAAGUGCUUUCGCGAGAAGCUAAUUUGACACAAUCACUUCGACGCGACUUAUGGAAAACCGUGUUAAGUGAUGUCGACGCAAAGAAUGAAGACACAGAAAAAAGUGGUCCAAAGGAAGUGAAAGAAGUGUUUGGGAAAAUAACUAACGCCACACAGAAAGAGAAUUUUGGGCGACUGUAUUUGAUUGUUGAACAACUGAUUUCGACUGAAGACCCACAGUUUGAAGCAACAUUGGUGAUUGCGACGCUAAUUGCACCACUUUUUGAAGAUGAUUUGACUCUUCAAAAGAAGGCGAUCACAUGGUUCUUACAAAAGAAUUGUAUGUUUCAAGCUGAUUUGGAAGGAAUAGUACAACUUCUACACAUUUUGAUCUAUUACCACAACCCAGUGUUGGCUCAACACAUCACAGAAAUGAACGUCGAUUUAUAUGACUUGAUUCUUCCUUCAUUUUUCACACUCCUCGCUAACUUCUUUGUUUCACCCUCCGAUGCACUCGCACUGUACGACAAACUACUUUUCACAACACAGCCGUUGACGUUGUUUUUGAUGGCUUCAAUAAUGCUUAUCAAUCAAGAGGUAUUGGUCUCGACAAAUUCUGCUUUGUCAUUCCAAGCGUGCUUCUCACAAUUCACACUCACUGUAGAAUCAAUACCUUUCCUCUUUUUACACGCGUCGUAUUUGCAAAACAAAACACCAUCUUCAUUUACUCGACUCUUAAAUUCAUGUUUGACGAAUGGCGCCGUUUUCCAGAGGUGGGCUGCAAGCGGGUUUGACGGUGGACUGUCUUUCCCAGUAUCACCCAUUGACGUUUUGGCUGACAAAACGAAUGGUCUAAAAAUAGAGUAUGUUGACGCACGCUCCGACUCUGAUUAUUCAAAUGGGCACAUUAGCAAUGCCCUCCAAUUGAAAGACGUCACACUUUCAGACACACACUACGUGCUGUACUUCUCUGGAGCGUCAAACGAGACUGAAACUAUCAAACGGACCAUUCAGAACCUCCACGAGAGUGGAAUAAAGAGGGUUUCUCUCUUAGGUGGAGGGUAUUCUUUAUACCACAAAUUUUGGACUGAACGCAGUGAAGGCUUUGCCAUUGAUAAUCACACAAAGGAGUGUGCCGUGUGUAAAGGACUUUCAGUGAAGACGUUGUUUGAUUUUAGUCCAGCCAAAAAAGACAUUCAAAAGAGGAAACUGCGGAGUUCCAUUUCCGACCGCCUUAAAGAGAAAAUUGUUGAAUUAGUUGGGGAGAAAUCGACUAAGGAACUUCCAUUCAAAAGUGAUGAUCCGAUGAAUUACAUCCCAUUCAAGCGCGAUAUCUACUAUGAAGGAAAUGUUUGUGUUCUCGAGUAUAACAGUAUCGAGCUGACAAUCAACUUUGGAGAGCAAGUCCUUGAAGAGAUAUUAUAUAAUGAAAUAGAUCACUUCUGUAUCACUGGCAAGAGCAUUUCGAUCUUCAUCAAAAAUACGCCAAAGGUUGUAAAAGUGACGUGCGUUGACGACGCAACUGAAGUUGCUCAAGACCUUCAAAAGCGGGCAAUGGAGUAA